AUGGCCAACGUUCCUCAGCUCAUCAAAAUAGACAUUUCUCUUAAAAUGCUUCCGAACAACACGGCUGUCCACUUCAAAUCCGACGGUUCCAGAUUUGGACAGACGCGCACCAUUAAACUGUUGACCGGAUCCAAAUACAGACUUGGUGUUGUCAUGAAACCCGGAGCGGCCGAGGCCACGUCGAUGAGCAUUGGUGGGGUGACCUUCCCUUUGGAGCAGCAGUCUAAAGACCCUCAGUCUGUCAUCUACAGCGGCCUGUAUGACACAGAGGGAGUAGCCCAUACCAAGAGUGGAGAGAGGCAACCGGUUCAAAUAAGCAUACAGUUCACCGAGGCUGGCCAGUUUGAGACAGUAUGGCAAGUCAAGUUUUACAACUAUAACAAGAGGGACCACUGCCAAUGGGGAAACAGCUUUAACAGCAUAGAGUAUGAGUGCAAACCCAACGACACACGCACGCUCAUGUGGAUCAACAAAGAGACCGGCUCUCCCUCCCUCUUCACUGCAGUCAAAGCUCGGCUCAGGAGACUGUCAGAGAGCGGCUCUAGAUCUGAAGCAAAGCCGAGACACUUCCAACACAACCCCGCAUCUCCCCCCCGCGUAUCUCGCCUGUGCUUCGGCCUCUCUCCGUUGACGUCGCCUGGAUCUCACGUCCAACCUGCAAAAUGGAGGAGGCUGGGGGCAGGGACUCUCUCCACACAGUUGCUUAAGCUUGUGUUGGAAUGA